UGGCGGCGCCUGCGGGCGGCGGGUGGGGAGUUUCGGCGAACGGGUGGUGGGCGGUGGAGAGUGGGUGUGGUUUGCCUUUGGCCGUCGCGCGCGCGGGGCAAGGCAGAGGCAGAGGCAGCCGCCGCAGUGGCAUCUAGAGACGAGGCGCCCUAUUGGUGGCUGGACAGUGGACUACUGGACUCCACGACCAACUCCUCCCAACUCAAACGACACGGAGGGAGAGCUCUACUCCUAAUAAUUCCACGGGCCGCUUCCUCCUCCUGCCGGCCGCUCCGUCUAUUGGUGACCUCGCCCAUGGCGUGUGGGUGGCUUCAUCCUGUCCCUGCAGGGGCCGCCACGGUCGCCGCCCUGUGGCCGUGCUUCCUUUCCCCGGUUCGUCAGAGCUUCACCAAGGAGCUAAACCAAUUCCAACGUUGGAAGCUACCUUUGAACGCUGCCAAGUCGCAGAGGGAGUCAUGGAACCUUGCUGAUCGCUCAAGUUCAGGAUCUUCUGAAGGAGUUGCUGCUGCUAGCAGACCCGCAGACGCUCCCACUGCUCAGAGUGCUCUGCCCAUGACACGUAGCGUGGAUGCGGUCCCAGGUGCGCCUAUUGUUAUUUCUGGAUACUGGACUGGCCCCGGUGUAGAUGAUGGCUGUGGUAGUGUUGAGGCCGUGCUCCAGAGGAUUGCAUAAUGUUUUCGCUUGCGGUUAACUAGGGCAAUUGUAACCUGUGUCAAAGCAACAACUGGACCAUAUAAGGUUAUAUUUUUCUUUAUUCAGAGCUCUAUUUUCCCUUGGGGUUA